ACCGGGCCAUAGGCAACGUCCUGAACGGGACGAACGACGUGGACGGCGCGGCGGCGGCCAGGGCAUCGCCCAACGCCUGGGGCAAAGCCCCCGCGGGUCCGUCCACCAUGGACCCGCCCAAAAACUACUACGGCGCGUGGAACGGCUCGACGGCGACGGACGGAGGAGGAGGAGGAGGCGGAGCCGGUGCAAAUGGGCAAUCGCCGGCGACGUCACCCGCGCCGGGAUCUUACGGCCUCGGCCUCGGCAUGUCCGCGUCGCCGGGCCUCGCGGGUGGCAGGUCCCUCGCGGACGUGUUCAGCAACGACGACGGCGGCGCGGGGUCGCAGGGCGGGUCCCCCAAGCGCGGCGGCGGAGGCGGCGGCGACGACGCCGCGGGCUCGAGGCCGGGUAGCGCGAGGCCGGGGAGCGCGAGGCUGAGCCGGACGGAGUCGCAGCUGUCCGCGGCGGUGGGCGCCGAGUCUGCCGGCGGCGUCGAUGCCGCCGGCACCGUCGAUGCCGGCGCGGAGGGGCUCGCGGGCGACUUUGGCGGCAUGGCGAUCCGCGGCGAGGGCGGCGAGGGCGGCGUCGCGGCUGGCGGCCCGGAUGGCCCGGAUGGCGACGACGGGGGCGAGUACGCGGAUUACUCGAGCGCCAACCCGCCGGUGCCCGCGGGCGCGCCCCCGCCGCUGCCCGGGGGCGGCUACCCGGGCCAGCCGUACGGCAACUACCCCGGGAUGCAGCCGCAGUUUUACCCCCCGCAGGGCGCGGGGCCUCCGGGUGGAUAUCCCGGCGGGGGAUACCCGCCUCCGAUGCCGGGCAUGCCGCCCCCCGGCGGCUUCCCAGGCGGCCCGCCCAACAUGGACCCGCGCGCCGCCGCGAUGAUGCACCAGCAGCAGCAGAUGCACGCGCAGGCGAUGAUGUACGGCGCGCAGGCGGCGGGCGGCAUGGGUUUUCCGCCUCCCGGGGGGCCGGGUCGGGGAGCGCCGGGGAUGCCCGGGGCUCAAAACGCGUACGGACAGGUGGCGAUGGAUCCCAUGUACGUGGUGGCGUAUUACCAGCGCCUGGCGGAGCAGGGCGACCCCGCGGCGGCGGCGAUGCUCGCGGCGAUGUCGGGGUACGGCGGGCCGCAGGGCGGGUCCCCACCCGGUCGCGCGCAGAUGCAGAUGCACCAGGCGAUGCUCGCGGCGAUGGGCGGCGGCGGCGGCGGUUUCGGGAUGGCGGGCGGCGGCGGCGGGCGCUUCGGCGGCGGCGGCGGGCGCGGGGGCGCGAGGGGCCGAGGCGGCGGGCGCGGGCGGCGCGGGAUGGGUCGCGACGGGAACGGUCUGCUCACGGACCACUACGGGGGCCGGCACCACGACGAGAUGCAUCAGAAGCCGAUGUCGGCGCUGCUCGAGGGGUUCAAGAACAACAAGAGCCGACGCUUCGAGCUACCCGACCUCGCGGAUCACGUCGUGGAGUUUUCGAGCGACCAACACGGCAGCAGGUUCAUCCAGCAGAAGCUGGAGACGGCGGAGCCCGAGGAGGCGGCGGCGGUGUUCGCCGAGGUGCUGCCCAGCGCGCACCAGCUCAUCACCGACGUUUUUGGAAAUUACGUCGUUCAAAAGUUUCUGGAAUACGGCACGGACGAGCAGCGAAGGCUCCUCGCGGGCGAGCUCAAGGACCACGUGCUGUCGCUGUCGCUGCAGAUGUACGGCUGCAGGGUGAUUCAGAAGGCGUUGGAGGUGUUCGACGAGGCUCAGCAGACGGCGAUGGUGAACGAGCUCGACGGGCACGUGCUCCGAUGCGUUCGCGAUCAAAACGGCAACCACGUGAUUCAGAAGUGCAUCGAGCGGGUGCCCCCCGCGCGGAUACAGUUCAUCGUGUCGUCCUUCUACGGUAACGUGCUGUCGCUGUCCACGCACCCGUACGGAUGCAGGGUGAUCCAGCGCGUGUUGGAGCACUGCACGCCGGAGCAAAAGACGGAGGGGAUCAUGGACGAGAUUCUUCGCGAGGCUGUGCAACUCGCGCAGGAUCAGUACGGGAACUACGUCGUGCAGCACGUGCUCCAGCACGGCGGCGAGGACGAGAGGCGGAAGAUCCUGGCGACGCUCGCGGGCCAGAUCGUCAUCCUGGCGCAGCACAAGUUUGCGAGCAACGUCAUCGAGAAGUGCCUCACCUACUGCGGCGCGGAGGAGAGGCAGAUCAUGAUCACCGAGAUGCUGGGCACCACCGACGAGAACGAGCCGCUCCAGGCGAUGAUGAAGGAUCAGUUCGCGAAUUACGUGGUGCAAAAGCUGCUGGAGGUUUGCGACGAGGGCGAGAGGGAGCAGCUGCUGUCGCGGAUGCAGGUGCACCUGCCAAACCUCAAGAAGUUCACCUACGGGAAGCACAUCGUGGCGAGGGUGGAGAAACUGAUCCAGAGCAACCUGCCUCCACCCAAGCCGAUCACCGCGGUGGCGGGAACCGCGGAUGGGACCGGCGGGGACGAGGCGGAUGAGGGUGCGCCGGAGGGUGGCGGCGGGGUUGGGGACGCGGCGGAGGAGUCGCCGUCACCAGUCGCGGAGUAACUCACUUAGCCGCCGUGUUAGCGGGGAGGAGCCGCCCAAUGUAUAUAUCUAUUCUAGAGCAAACCGUUUCGAACC